UCGACCGCACUGCUCGGCGGGGUGGCGGCGGCCGGGCCCCCGCGGCGGCGGCCGGAGCAGCAGCGACAGCAAGAGCCCGCCUCUAUGAUGAAGUUCAAGCCGAACCAGACGCGGACCUAUGACCGCGAGGGCUUCAAGAAGCGGGCGGCGUGCCUGUGCUUCCGGAGCGAGGAGGAGGACGAGGUGCUGCUGGUGAGUAGCAGUCGGUAUCCAGACCAAUGGAUUGUCCCAGGAGGCGGAAUGGAGCCCGAGGAGGAGCCUGGUGGUGCUGCCGUGAGGGAGGUUUAUGAAGAGGCUGGAGUCAAAGGAAAAUUAGGCAGACUCCUGGGCGUAUUCGAGCAGAACCAAGACCGAAAGCACAGAACAUAUGUUUAUGUUCUUACAGUCACAGAAAUAUUAGAAGAUUGGGAAGAUUCUGUUAACAUAGGAAGGAAGAGAGAGUGGUUCAAGGUAGAAGAUGCCAUCAAAGUCCUCCAGUGUCAUAAACCCGUACACGCAGAGUAUCUGGAAAAACUAAAGUUGGGCUGUUCCCCAACCAAUGGAAACUCCACUGUCCCUUCCCUCCCAGACAAUAAUGGCUUGUUUGUAACUGCUGCACAGACCUCUGGGUUGCCAUCUGGUAUAAGAUAGAGAGAACCUUGAGACCUCUGCCACCCUGUGCGGUCUCAUGGGGAGAGAGGCUUUAUUUUCCUCAGCAAACAUCUGAAUGACCCUUGCAAACUGUCUGAAUUUGCCAUGCAGGGUUUUCAAACAAUUUGCAUGUUUUUCAGAUGCUUUCAAAUCUUCUUUUAUAAAAUUUAAAAAAUAGUGUAAAAUAUUUUAAUAAGCCAAAGCCAUGUGGAUUUUUUUUUUAAGAUGCCUUAACUGUGCCCCCUCCCCCACAUGUUAUUUUGGUUUUUUUUUUUUCUUUCUUUCUUUUUUUUUCCAGUUUUUGUCCAUUUGACAUCAGUCUGUGGUUUGUCAGGUCAGCUUACUGGUGGGUAUAUUCCCCACCCCACCCCCAAAUUGUUCUCUCAUUCACAGCAGUAAUACAUUCACCAAAUCCUUCUGUGGUAAGAAUUGGUAAAAAUGAUAAUUCCUGGUAUUAAAGAAAUUUAACAUCCAUCUCAAAAUUUAUUUUCACAGGAUAAUUUUAAUUUAUAAAUUCCACAUAUAGACUUUUUGUAUUGUCCAAUAACUAUUUUGACAAAAGAUUUAAUUUGCUUUUUUCUGGGAUUUGUCAACUCAUUUGUCUCAAUUUCGUAACUGGUAUUAUGUCCCUAAUUACCUAAUAGCUAUUUCCCCUAUAACCCAAGAGUAGUUUAACACAAAAUACAACCCUGUGGAGUUGGUGGUUUUUAGGGAACUAUCGUUAGCAAAAUGCACGUAGUAAAAUACAUCAUAUCAUGAAAACUGUAUUCAUGGAAUUUCUGUGUUCAGUUGCCAACUCCCCAUUUCAACAGUUUCUGUACAAAAUACCUUAGAGCCAAAUUUCCUACAACAUAAAUUGCUUUUAAAAUUGUAUUUUUUAGUUUUUAAAUUUAGUGACACCUCUUUAGGUGAACCUCCCCGUUUACCAGUAACUACAGGAUUGGCGUUGAACCUUAAAUGCCCAGUCAGUGACCGUCACAUCACAGUUGAAUAAAAAUGGCUUUCUUGCAGUUCAGCUGUUACAGGCUAAUAUCAUUAGGGCACCCUUAGAAUGUGUCAUCUUUCAUAGGUUGUCGAUAGGUACUAUUUAUCAUAUAACUAACUUUUGGGGCAGUGUAACAUAACCCUGAAUUGUCUUAUAAUUGCUUUUAUACUCUUAAAAUCAAGAAUCCCAUCUAAACUACAUGGGUACCUUUCUCAGACUCCUGCAUUUCCCCAGCCAGGUCAGAAAUGAGGUGGAAGAAGUCUUUUGGUUAAGAUAUGAGUGUGGGAGAGUGAAAGAUGUUUCUAUAUGUAGACUUAAUUAUGCCUUGUGUAAAUAGUAUAACUGGUGAGUAUAAAGUAGAAAAUAUAGUUAAAACAUUCUGUCCUACCGAUUGUUAACCCUUUGAAAAUAUAAUUGCUGCUAAAAAAUAGUGCUGUUACACUUAAGGAAAAUUGGUGCCAGUUUUGAAAAUGAGAUCUUGUGCCAUAAAUGCAGCUGAACUAAACACAAACUUUCAUUCACAAAUUAAUGCUGUCAAAGGAAUGAGUGAAGUAGAACAUAACUUUUAACCCAUGACAUAAUUUCAUCCUAAAUUAUGUAGUGUGGUGAAAUAGGAUCAUCCAGAAUUUUUAUAUUUUUCUUUGUACAGAGGUAAUGUAUUCUGGGUGUUUUUUAAAAAGGAAACAUUUUAAGUCCCACAAAUUGAUGCUUUCUAUCAAUCUUCAAUGGACUAAGAUUUUUUCCUUAGUAAUCUCUUACAUUUCUUUAAAAGUUAUAUACUUUCACAGCAGAGAAACUGGAUUGUUUUUGUAUAUAAGAUUGCUUCCACCUGAAAUGCUGUCACAAGUACUUGGGGGGGUUUAUCUUGUACAUGAUAUUCUUAGAGGUAAUAAUGCAUGAUCUUAUUUUAUAAACUCUUGAACUAUGUAUUUGACAUGUAAAAUAUGUACAGUAUUGAUGUCAACCAUCUCUUAAAAGUUAGCCUAUAAAUAUUGUUGUAUAAUUUUCUUUGGUCAGAAACAUUUGGACUACGUAGUGCCACUCAGUCAGGAUUUUCUUCAGUGCCAUUUUGCAAACGGCUGUCAUUCAGUCUAUGCAACUAGGAAAAAGCCGAGGUCUUCUGCUUGUAUAAUGCAACAGAAUACUUUACAGUUGUCACUUUAAAUUUCAUACAGAGUGGGUUCUUCACUACUCUUCUAGAACCCAAUCAGCAAAACUAUCGGAAAAGCCCUAAGGGGAUUGCUUUACCAUUAAGAGAGAAAGUUAACAGUAUUCAAGCUAAACAGUUGAAUCUACUACAGAAACCAAUGUCUACUAUCUCAAACCUCCAAAGUUUGCGGUGUUGGGACUAUCAUUUGUGCUUUUUGUGUGGUAGUUGAAUAAAAUUGGGCAGCGAAAUUAUUCAUUCUCACAUGCCUUCCAAGUAAAAAACAAAAAACUUAUUGUAAAUUAGUCUUACAGAUAAAAAAUAGAAACUGUUCAGCAUGUUUUGUAAACAGGUGACAUUUUUCAAGCAGGCACAUGCCAUUCAAUUUUGUGAAUCACAUGAUUAUAUAAAGCAGCAAGACUGAAGGGGGGGAAUGAUUGUUGUAUACACUUUGAAUUGCUUUGCAUGGUCUCAUUUGAGAUAAUUGGUGUAAGAAUCUUGACUUUUUUUAUAUUUGGAAACAUCGAAUAAACAUGGAAAUAAA